GCCCGGCCAGCAGAGGGACCGCCUCCUCUAUUAAAGCGCCACACCCUGCAGACUCCUCAUAGCUGGGAAACGUUCUGUGCAGCAUCUCAGUAGUCUCCACCAAGGAAAGUUACAAUGUCGCUGGUGAGUGAGUUCCUCGGUCAGCUCACUCUUCAACUGGGUGGAGAAAGUGAACCCAAGUACCCAACUGUGGUGCCCUUUGGUGGCUUCGACCCGGAGAAGGAUGCUGCCAGGAUUGAGACGGCUAUCAAAACCAAGGGUGUGGAUGAGCAGACCAUCAUCGAUAUCCUUACCAAACGCAGCUACACCCAGCGUUGCGAGAUUGCCUUCGCCUAUGAGAAGAGAGCCAAGAAGGACAUCAUCACAGCCCUGAAGGCGGCGCUGUCGGGCCCUCUGGAGGCAGUGAUACUGGGCUUGAUGAAGAGCACCUCCCAGUUUGACGCCUCAGAAAUCAGAGGCUCCAUAAAGGGUUUGGGUACAGAUGAAGAAACUCUGAUCGAGAUGGUCUGCUCUCGCAGUAAUGAAGAACUCCAGCAGAUCAAACAGGUCUACAAGGAGCUGUUUAAGACGGAGCUGGAGAAGGACGUGGCAGGCGACACGUCAGGGGACUUCCGGAAGCUUCUGCUGGCGCUCGUGCAGACAAAGCGAGAGGAGCCCAGCAGCGUUGUGGACCAAGACAGGAUCGACCAGGAUGCCCGAGCUCUCUACGAAGCUGGUGUUAAGAGGAAAGGCACAGAUGUGGCAACCUGGAUCUCCAUCAUGUCUGAGCGCAGCGUCCCACACCUGCAGAAAGUGUUCCAGAGAUACAACAACUACAGCCCCUAUGACAUGCAGGAGAGCAUCCGGAAGGAAGUGAAAGGAGACCUGGAGAUGUCAUUCCUCACUCUAGUUCAGUGCUUUGAAAACAAGCAGCUGUACUUUGCAGGCAGGCUCAAUGAUGCCAUGAAGACCAAAGGGGCAAAGGAGAAGGUGGUAACAAGGAUCAUGGUUUCGCGCUGUGAGGUCGACCUCAUGAAGAUACGUUCCGAGUUCAAGAAGCAUUUCGGGAAGUCGUUGUACCAGACCAUCGCCGAGCACACUAAGGGGGACUACCAGAAGGUCCUUCUGAGUCUGUGCGCAGGAGACGACUGAGGCCGGCGCUAUCCCACAAUCCUUCAGCAAAGCUGUCCUCGUCACCCUGUCAUGCUAUGAAUGUCGUGGGGCACAGACCCCCGUCCCUCCCCAUUGCGCUACUGUCCCAGCUUCCAGUGCCCCCUAAUCCAACACCCCACAAGCAGCAGUAUCCGCAUUGCUGUUUUCAUGCGAUAAAAAGGAAAAAAACAGUUAUCACUGCCUUUCAGUUAACCAUGAAAGAAUCCCUAUAGGACCAGAAGGCUAGUUAUGUGGCAUGACUCAUUGGUAAUAAUAAACAUGCCACAUCAGGUGGCUUUCACUCA